GUGGCGGUAAUGCACCUAAAAGCUGGUUUACCAACCGCCAAUAAACACCAGAAGAAGAAGAAGAAGAAGAAGAAGAAAAAGAAAGAUAAGACUGACUGUUGCCUGAGUCACGAAAUCGAAAUGGCGGCAUUAGCAGAGAGGAUGGAGGGGGAGAGCUCAGCCAAGCCUGCUGCUGAGGAUAUGACCUCAAAAGACUACUACUUUGACUCAUACGCCCACUUUGGCAUCCACGAGGAGAUGCUCAAAGAUGAGGUUCGAACGCUGACCUACCGCAAUUCCAUGUUCCACAACAAGCAUCUGUUUAAGGACAAAGUGGUGCUGGAUGUGGGCAGCGGGACAGGCAUCCUCUGCAUGUUUGCUGCCAAAGCUGGAGCCAAGAAGGUUAUAGGGAUAGAGUGCAGUAGCAUCUCAGACUAUGCUGUGAAAAUCGUCAAGGCCAACAAGUUGGAUGAUGUUGUGACUAUCAUCAAGGGGAAAGUGGAAGAGGUGGUCUUGCCCGUGGAAGGAGUAGACAUCAUCAUAUCCGAGUGGAUGGGUUAUUGUCUCUUCUAUGAGUCCAUGCUCAAUACAGUCAUUUAUGCCAGAGACAAAUGGCUGAAGCCAGAUGGAAUGAUUUUCCCAGACAGGGCAACACUUUAUGUCACUGCCAUUGAGGACAGGCAGUACAAGGACUACAAAAUCCACUGGUGGGAGAAUGUGUAUGGGUUUGACAUGUCGUGCAUCAAGGAGGUGGCGAUUAAGGAACCCUUGGUUGACGUGGUGGACCCUAAGCAGUUGGUCAGCAAUGCUUGUCUCAUCAAGGAGGUGGACAUUUACACAGUGAAGGCAGAGGACCUGACCUUCACCUCACCAUUCUGCCUGCAGGUGAAGAGGAAUGACUACAUCCAUGCUCUCGUGACCUACUUCAACAUAGAGUUCACCCGCUGUCACAAGAGGACCGGCUUCUCUACAAGCCCAGAGUCUCCCUACACCCACUGGAAACAGACAGUCUUCUACCUGGAUGACUACCUGACUGUCAAGACUGGUGAGGAGAUCUUUGGCACCAUCAGCAUGAAGCCAAAUGUCAAGAACAAUAGAGACCUGGACUUCAACGUAGACAUCGACUUCAAGGGUCAGCUGUGUGAGAUAUCGAAGACGUCGGAGUACAGGAUGCGUUAGGAGUUCCUCUCCCUCCCCUGUGUUCCUUUGGUCGAGGACAGAUGAUUCAGUUUGACUGGAAGUCUGUUCAAUAGUUUGAAGCUCCCAUGCAGCAACAUUUUAAAGAUCCUUUUUUUUGUAGUUUCUUUUCAUUUACUUGUUCAAACAUUACCAGUAUUAAAGAGGUUUUCACAUUCUUACAGUCAAGA